UACCAUCAGCUGUAAGGUGACUGACUUUCGUGACGUUCAUUGUUGUUUUGUGCGUUUUCACCUCAAAUUUUCGCCUUCGUGUUCACGUCUUUGUCCGCAGAUAGAAUUUAAACAGUCACCGGAUCGAAUCACGACGAGAAUAUGAGCGAAUUAACACAAGAAGAGAUACGUCGGAGGCGUUUAGCACGACUUGGUGGGUUUACCCCGUCGCCAUCGGGGUCUGUAUCGCCCCCGAUAACCCCACUUUCACAAAGCCCUGGUAUUCGAACCGAUAGCAUUGAUUCGGAAAUCGUUCGAUCCCCAACUGAUGGUCCUGAGGGGUCUAAGGAGUCUUCUGAAGAACAUAUAUUUCAAGUUCCAAGUAAACCCAUCGAUAUUAAUGCACCGUCGGGUUCAAAACAACGCUCCAGGCCUCCACCCCCUCAACGAAGCGAUUCCGACACGAGUUCUACACAUAUGGAGGUUGAUGAGGUUGGGGGAUGUGGUGAUAAAACCGUUUUGAACACCGAUUUUGAUUCAGGGAUUGAAAAUAUGGAGGUAGAUGAUUCCGAUUCAAGAAAAGAGUUAAAUCGAAAUCGCAAUUCAUCAACGGAAGCGACAGAAACUACAGACGAUCAAUUACAAUCAACAAUAUCCCGCGUGUUGCUCGUGUCAUUCAAUGAUACGACGAAUACGAAUAAGUUUUUCGUUUUAAAAACUAUCGAAAUUAACGGUAAUUACGAAGAUUUAAUUUCGCGCUCGCUCACGGAAGUGUUAUUUGAAUUUAUCGAGAACGAAGAACUCUUUAGUGAUUGUACACCGAUGAACAAUAAUGAGUUAUUAACGGAAAAUUUAGAUUUAGAUAAAACCGAAACGAAAAAGUCGUCGUACGGUGAUCGUACAUUAAAGUAUUUAACCGAAUGUUAUAACAGAGUCGGUAUAGAAGAGAGGAAUAACCCGAAAAGAUCUAGUUUCGGUUUGUUUUCUGAGGUGUUAUCGGAAUUAAGAAAACAAAUUAUUCAUUUUACAUCGUUGGUUUUUAGAAACGGAAUCGUUUCAAUAGAAUCGGAACAAAAAAACGCUUUAUUCGAGAUGAUUUUGAAUCAAAAUUUACCACGCGGUUUUUUGAGCGAAUUAAUAAUCAACAAUCAGCGUAACUUGGACGAUUUCGAAACGAUUUUUACCCCGGUUUUGAUAAAGUUAUUCGAAACGAUGCAAUCGGUGAGUAUCGUAGGGAACGAACAUCGGAAACCUUUGCAAGCUUUAAACGAAUUAAUCGACAUCCGUUGUGGUCACCGCCCGAUUUGCAAUUUGAUUUUAAAGUUAAAUUUUUUACCGGAAAUUUGUACGAAAUCACUUGGGAAGGAGUUAACUCGAACGUCGUUUUUUGGGCCUUUUUUGAAUUUGUCGAUUUUCGCUGAGGAUGAACCCAAAGUUCCCGAAAAAUUAUUUUCAUCAACCAACGAUAAAUCAUUAAACCAAACGUUACAACUAGAACUUGAAACGAUUCGACAAACACUUCAUAAAAUCCUACACAAUACAUUAGCGAACCCAUUAACGCGAGAUCCCACCAUAAAAUACAUCUCAACUUUAAUAAAAAACAACGAAAAACGCUCACAAAUACAAAUCGAAGAAAAUAUAAUCUCUGGAGACGGAUUUAUGUUAAAUUUAUUAAGCGUUUUGCAACUACUUUCGGUUAAAAUCAAAUUAAACAACGUCGAUUCAUAUUAUCCGUUCCACCCCAAGACUUUAAUCGAUAUCAAAACUUCCACAAAACUAUGUUUUACCACCCAACAAACCGACGAUUGGAUAGAAACCCUCGUAAAACAAAACCACCAAUUCGCCGAUCCGAAAUUCUCAACGCAAUGUUGGUUUUUAACGCUACACUGUCAUCAUUUCGCGUUACUUCCGGCUGUUAUGAAACAUCAGAGGCGAUUAAGAAUCAUACGGGAACUCCAAAAAUUAUUAGACGAAACCGUUGCGGCCGAACAACAAUGGAAAAGUACACCAAUGGCGCAAAGAAAUCGCGGAUUAGUAAGGAAAUGGAGACAUCAAUUAAAAAAAUUAAAUAGGUCGAAAUCAUGCGCUGAAACAGCCUUAUUAGAUAAAAACUUGAUUAGGAGGUCGCUUAUUUUUUAUACGAGUGUCUCUGAGUAUCUUUUGGCUGCGCUAACGGGGCCGGAAAAGACGAGAGUUAUCGUUUAUUCGAGUAUUAGCGACUACCUUUUAAAUGGGAUAACUACAGGGUCAGGUGUGGAACUUCCUAUUAAUGAGACACCCGCGUUAUUUUCUGCGUUGCCGGAGUGGUAUGUGGAAGAUAUUGCAGAGUUCCUUCUUUUUGCAUUACAAUACGUUCCAAAUGUCGUCUCAGAAAACACCGACAAUUCAUUAAUAACGUUCCUAUUAACGAUCAUCUGUUCCUCAUCAAGUGUAAAAAAUCCUUAUUUAACAGCAAAAAUCGUCGAAGUCAUCUUCAUGAUAACAUUAUCAGUAAAUAAAUCAACCGAAAUUCUUUACUCAAGAGUUUUAAAUCACACACUGUCCCAAUCGAAUUUACCAAGCGCUUUGAUGCGUUUUUACACCGACGUUGAAACAACCGGAUCCUCAUCAGAAUUUUACGACAAAUUUUCGAUCCGUUAUCACAUCAGCUUAAUAAUGAAAGGAAUGUGGAAAUCUCCAAUCCACCGGCAAACAAUUAUCAACGAAUCGCGAACCGGCAAACAAUUUGUGAAAUUUGUUAAUAUGUUGAUGAACGACACAACAUUUUUAUUAGACGAGUCGUUAGAAAGUUUAAAACGCAUCCAUGAAGUACAAGAAAUGAUUAAAGACGAGGAUAAUUGGAAAAAAUUAUCUUCUGAGCAGCAACAAUCACGAAUGAGACAAUUAAAUGGUGAUGAAAGACAAUGUAGAUCUUAUUUAACUUUAGCAAGAGAAACUGUUGAUAUGUUUCAUUAUUUAACGAUGGAAAUUAAAGAGCCGUUUUUAAGACCGGAAUUAGUUGAUCGAUUGGCUUCGAUGUUAAACUUUAAUUUACAACAAUUGUGCGGACCGAAAUGUAAAAAUUUUAAGGUUAGAAACCCGGAAAAAUACGGCUGGGAACCGAGAUGGUUGUUGGGACAUAUCGUUGACAUUUAUUUGCAUUUGGAUUGUGAAAAAUUCGCCGAAGCUUUAGCAGGAGAUGAAAGAUCAUUUCGAAGGGAAUUAUUUACUGAUGCAGCUUUAAGAAUGGAAAGAUCUUCGAUUAAAUCAGCUACAGAAGUUGAGCAAUUUAAAUCGUUAGCUGAGAGGGCUUAUUUAAUAUUAUUGGAUAACCGCGUAUCGGAUGAUUGGAUGUCAGAAGCUCCUGAUGAGUUUAAAGAUCCUUUAAUGAUGACGGUUAUGAAUGAUCCCGUUUUAUUACCAAGUGGGUUAAUUAUGGAUCGGCCGGUAAUUAUGAGACAUUUACUGAAUAGUAAUACAGAUCCCUUUAAUCGGCAACCAUUAACAGAGGAUAUGUUAAAACCAGCUAAUGAUUUAAAAGAGAGAAUAAAUGUAUGGAAAUUGGAAAAUCGCCCGCCUUCAUCAAGGAAAAUUGAAUAAUAUCAAAUAAACAGGUAAAAAACAACAAAAAAAAUAAAAUAAAACCAAUCAGUGGAUUUUCUUUUCUUCGCCUCGCCGAAGAAAUCAAAAAACAAACUGCAUUUCCAUUCGAUUAAUCUCUGAGAAUAGUUUUGAUUUUGUACGAUUAUUUUUUAUGAGUUAUAAUUAUAAUUAUUGUUAAUUUAA